CUGAAGGUCGGUAGACCCGAGGUUCCUGUCUUCAUCCGAUCGACUGGUUGUCACCAGUGAGCUAAAAGCAACCAAUCCGGAGCAUCUGGGAAACCUCCAGGCCACCAGCAUGGAUCCACGAUUCUCGAUGGCAGCGUGCAUUUCCCGAAGAGGAUAAAAAGUCCCAGGCGGUCAUUAUUGGCUCGCGAUAAUGCCUGGCCAAGUUCUCCCCGCAUUCUCCCACUUCACAUCGCCGUCGCCUCCUCAUCCUCCACCAUGUUGUUCCGUUCGCUUUCCUUAUCCUCAAUCUACCAUGAGCCCACCGCGGACCGAUAAUGCGUCGUGUCAAAAAGUCCCGUAAUGGCUGCGCCCGUUGCAAGAGCAAACGCGUAAAAUGCGGGGAAGAAAGACCUCACUGUAGUCGAUGCACCCGCCUGGGCGUCAAUUGCCCCGGAUACGUUCAGUCUCUCCGCUGGGUUACCAAGUACCCACCGCUGGUUCAUGGGGAGCCUAACCAGGAUACCGCUGAGGCUGAAGAUAUUCCCGAUGAAUCUCGCUCCACCCCCUAUCAACAUUCCGAUCUAAAGAAUCUAGCUACCAGCCCUCUUAAUCCUGACUUUGUGGACCCACUGGUAGUACAAACUUUGACUGUGGACGGUGACAGCCUGAACCUCACCGCUUCAGACGAUCCGGCCAACCCUAGGAAUCUGGACGAACCGAAUGGUAUAUGUGACAGCUUAUGGGAUCUACAGCAAAAUGGUUCACUACCGGAACUCGCAGAUCUCCAGUCUCCGGUACCAACAUCAGUAUCAUCAUCUGGCCAACCCAACCCGGCUUUGAACUAUGAGUCCUCGGGGAGUCAUGUGGAGGACCCUUUUGGGCUGUUCUCCUUAGCCGCGCCGGCACUACAGGAUGAACCUCACAUCUUUUCCGGAUUCUCACCAUCGGCCAUUGUACGCCAGUAUCCCCCACCUGGCUCAAGGCCACCGCAGCGGGACUUCGCAGCAAUCCCACAGCCCCUUAACAACCCUUCCUGGACUCUCAUUGAGUACUACUUCAAGGAGGUAGCUGCCUUGUUUUCAAGCUACGAUAGCCAGAUGAACCCGUUUCGAUCAACGGUUUCCCGGCUAUGGGGCUCGUCGUUGGCCAUGUGUCGGACCAUGCAGAGCAUGGCGGCCGCAACGCUCGUACAAGACUUUCCCCAGUUUGGGCCGCUAGGUCGGAAAAUGCGCGACGAAGCAGUGGACAUCAUUACGAAAGAAUCUACCCUGGACGAUAAGUCCCUUUUAGCUUUGCUCAUGCUUGGCCAGACUGCCAGCUGGCACGACCCCAAGGAUCUCGGCAUUUCCUUCUUCAAUCUGCUGCGAAACCACCUUGACACCAAGCAAGCAGGACCGCCAAUACCAGGCCGUAGCAACAAUCAUCAGUUCUUCGAAGAAGCUUUGGUCUACUGGGAAAUGCUUCUAUCAUUCGUGGCCGAUGAUUCGGCGGUAUUAUCUGGGUCCGCGGCUGUAGCAGCCGACGAAUCACUUGUUCUGCAACGCGUUCCUCAUCCAUGGACAGGCAUAGCGCGCGACACCCAGUAUACCGUCCAAGAAGUAGGAAGGCUCAUACGUCGUGAGCGGAGGCGAAUCCGCUCUCGAUCCUUUACUUCAAACGCAGACAUCGCGCGAGCCCAGCAAGCCAUGGAGAAGGCACGCGAACUGGAGGAGCGACUUCUAGGUCUCGCUCACCCAGCUGAGGCCGAAAUUGUCAGCCCAGGCGAUGAUGAAACACCUGUCUGGCAUCUCCUCACAAUGGCCGAAGUGUACCGCUGCACGGGUCUUAUGCAGUUAUACCGGGUCUUUCCCGAUCUUCUUCGCCGUCGACUACCCCCACAACGUCCUCCCAACCCUCACGAUCCAGCAACGACCAUCCGUGACCCCUUCCUCUCUCCUCCGAUGGGUGGUACGCCCUGGUUCUGCGAAGCCUCUUAUGCGCCUUCAAAUUCAGAACCCACUGAGACGGCCGAUCCAACGACAGCACACCCAGAAUCCUACUAUGACAGUUGGCUGACUGAGUUUACGCUCACCACUCUCUCCCGUCUCAAAACUAUACCCCUGGAGUCCCGUACCCGGUGUCUUCAGCCCUUCCUUCUUGUUGCCUCGAGCAGCGAGCUCCGCCUCCCUCGUCUUCCUCCACUCGACACCAACCUAGAUAGCAAUGGACCAAGUAUUUCUUCCCAUGCCGUUGACGUCUCUCGAACUCGCCGGUUCAUACUUGGCCGGCUCACCUCAUACCUGCACGUGUUACCCCCUAAGCCCAUCGGCGUUUGCCUCCAACUGGUGCGGGAGGUCUGGCGACGCAUGGACGCCGGAGAGCCGGAGAUCUACUGGAUGGACAUAAUGAUAGAAAAGGGGUGGGAAACAACGAUGGGAUAACGACGUCAUCUUUGCCUGCUCAAAUCAGGUGUUGUAACGAAUAUGAACAUGACCGUUUCGUUGCCUUUGGAGCUGUAUGUAUACUACUUUGUUCCGGGUAAAAAUUGCGCAGCGAUAUUAGCAUUGGUACUU